AGUCUCAGGACUUGGUGAAGUUUGUGAUUUGAUUGUUCAGGACUUCAGGAGAGUAACACGGAGCUCGCUGUGAUUCAGCUGCUUCCUGUCUUCAUCCUCAGCCUGGCCAUUUUGUUUAGAAAAGACUAACAGCACGAGAGCAGAAGCGCCUCAGUUUCACCCACAUAAUUCCAGUGGGAGCAGCCAUGCUAAUGUAUGACUAUCCAGUGAAGGCAGACAGGGAGACGGGUUACUCAUCCUUGGUGAAGUCUCAGGCCGAAACGUACAGCGCCAUGUUCUCCAUUGGUCCUCACCCCUCUCAGUACGGCUACGUUCCUCACUACCCGACGUAUCACAGCCCCCCACGCGCUCACACUCACACACACACUCACACACACACUCCUCCUCACGGCCCCGACGCCCCCACACACACGCAGCUGGAGCCCGUGGACCUGUCGCUCAGCAAGAAGUCCUCACCUCCGCCGCCGUCCUCUUCCUCCUCGCCGUCAUCAUCCUCGUCCUCCUCGUCCAGAGCCACGCCGCCGUCCCCGUACGAGCGCAUCAGCCGCUCUGACUCCGCCUCCAUGACCGGAUCUCCCUCCGGCUCGCCCCGGCUGCUGACUCCGCCCAUGGCGCUGUCCUUCCCCACCACGAGUUCUGGACAAAACUAUACUUUGGUGACUCCGCUGGUUUCAGCUACUGGUCCGGGUCUCAUCCCGGUUCUGCCCAGCAUGAUCCUGCCCUCCAUGCCCCUGCUGUACCCCCACGUCCUGCCCUCUUCCAUCAUGCUCUUCCCCACCACGCCCGACGAUCAGAAGGGCGGAGCCACCUCUCUCAAACCCGACGGCGUCCAGGACCACCAGCCAAUCAAAUCCGAGCCUCACAGCGAGACCGCUCCCAGCACGUACAGGCAGGAAAUUCCAUCGCCCCCGAUGCCAAGCUAUAACGAGGCGAACACACACUCGGUGAUUGUACACGCCCCUAAAGUGGAGUCUCCCGAUCCUCUGAAGAAGCGUCGCAUCCAUCGCUGUGAUUUUGGAGGCUGCAAUAAAGUGUACACGAAGAGCUCACACCUCAAAGCCCACAGACGCACACACACAGGAGAGAAGCCGUAUAAGUGCUCGUGGGAAGGCUGCACGUGGAAGUUUGCACGUUCAGACGAGCUGACACGUCAUUACCGCAAACACACCGGAUCGAAGCCGUUCAAGUGCCCGGAUUGCGACCGCAGCUUCUCCCGCUCCGAUCACCUCGCCCUGCACAGGAAGCGCCACAUGCUGGCGUGACGUCAAAAUGCAGCGCCGAUUCAGCCAGUGCACCUUCCACACGGACCGCGCUAUUAUUAACCGGGUGUAGGGGUGUUCCGUACGCAGUCACAACGAAACGUCACAGACAAACUGAGUCAAACGGCACGGAGAAGACUUCCUGUCAACUCUGGGGUUUUUGCAAAAAUGUCAUAUUAUGAUAUGUGAAGCCGUAUUGUAUCAUCACAUCACCCAGCCUGAUUUUCAGAUUCCGCCCUUUACCCCUUUACUGGACUAGAUUCCACCCUUUACCCCUUUACUGGACUAGAUUCCGCCCUUUACCCCUUUACUGGACUAGAUUCCACCCUUUACCCCUUUACUGGACUAGAUUCCACCCUUUACCCCUUUACUGGACUAGAUUCCGCCCUUUACCCCUUUACUGGACUAGAUUCCACCCUUUACCCCUUUACUGGACUAGAUUCCGCCCUUUACCCCUUUACUGGACUAGAUUCCACCCUUUACCCCUUUACUGGACUAGAUUCCACCCUUUACCCCUUUACUGGACUAGAUUCCACCCUUUACCCCUUUACUGGACUCUACUGGACCUUUCCAAAGUGCUUCUUUCUCUCUCUCUUUCCCUCUCUCUCUCUCCACAUCUCACUCGCUUUGACACGCAAACUCACACAGUUCUGUCAGGCGCCCUCUGCUGGUCAAAGGGUUUAUUGUGCUACCAUAUACACACACACUCACACACACACACACACACACCCUGGGUCAAUCCUGAAUAAUGUGAAUUUCUUUCUUUUUUUUUUUUUUAUAUUAGUCAGGAAAAUCUUGUAAGUCUCUAAUUUUGUAACCAGCAAGUGUCACAUGUGUAGGCAGGUUUUAAUCAGUUUAUUUUAUGCUUUUCUUGUUUGUUUGGGUUAGUGUAACGACAUUAUUCAUAUUUUAAACUCUUGUGUUUGCAAUACCGUAUUUUCUGGAGUAUAAGACACAUAUUUUUCCCCUCUAACAGGCAUUGAGAUUUUUUUGCAUUAAUCUGCCCCUUUAUCGUAGAGUUUUUACGGUAGGCGUGCUACUCAUUUACAGUUUACUGUCAUUAACUUCCCUCUGAUUUAACGCUGGAAAUCUUUACAACAGCUCGAGUGGAAAUGAAUUACGAUUAUUUACAAAGUUUCUGCUUUAAAUAAUGACUUUUACAUAAAUAUACAGCGUUCCCACAUGGUGCAGAAAACCUACAAAUGCACUGAACAUGAAUAUUCCAGUCACUGAAAACACUUAACAAAUAAGAAAACUGAUAAAAACGUCCUUUUUACAUUUACAUUAGAAUAUUAUGUUAGUGUUACUUUAGAAUAUUAAGCUACUGAGUUCGCAAGUUUUGGUGCAUUUUUUCUGAAAAUAAGAGAAAACGUGUCCAAAUAUUAAACAUCCCACAUGUCCUGGGAAGAAAAUAGAGAACAUCUGGAAAAUGAGGCAAUGGAGAAAAUGUCCUGGAAAAUAAUUUCCUAAAAAGAGCAAGAACAGAAGAUAAUGUAUAAAAUGUAUAUUUAGCCAUAAUACCACAUUGAGCGUUCAUUAAGGCCUGGUUUAUAUUUGACACGUGACUAUGAGUGCACAUAUGGACUUAGUGGCAACAUCGCUGAUCAUCGCUGUUCAUCUAUUAUUUACGUCUGGAGGAUUAAAAGCGACAUCCACUAGAGGGCGCUACAGUCCAAACAUUUAUCAGUUGUCCAUUUAGUGAUUUUUUUUCCCUGAUCUUUCCUCCAUCGUCAUGAUCAUGAGCUGCGCCUCAAAUCGAAAACCACGCCCUUACGUUCAAAAUGAUCUCUUCCACAUAUGUGAGCUCACAGACGCCCGUGAUUGGCUAGUGUCGCUGUGAUUGACAGGGGACAAAGACUAUGCCCCUCCUACCAAGAGAGCACAGCCAGUUUUGCUCUCUCGGACUCGCACCACGGACGGGAUUCAAACUUGCGAGCUCUAGAUGUUAGCCUUAAUACCCAAAACUGUUUAGAAUAGUGCGUAAAUAUGAGACACAGCUCUAGAUUGUUCAGCCUGUUGCUGAUAUUGUGUCGCGUCGUGUUAUACUGCCCCCUACCGUGAACGCUGGUAUUGCAGAAUUAUGUUCAUCGUGUAAAUGUUUUUCAGACGUGCACACGAACACACGAACACGUGCCUUCAAACCCUGUAGUGUUGAAGAAAAGAACUUUCUAAAAAGAUUGCUGUAUUUUACAGGAAUAUUAGAGGGAUUAAGGUAUUUACUGUAACUAGUCUGUACACAGAUCAGAUCUCUGAAGUGUUGUUUUAGACUCCGGACAAACAAGCAAAAUUGACAUGCUCUAAAAUUCUACCUUAAUACAACAAAACAAUUUUUUCACUAAGCAGAGGGGUACGUCUUCUACUC